UCCUUUUCAGUAUUCCGUAGUUCUUCCUUCCUCCUCUCUGUCUGUUUGGUUGCUAAAGAUGGCUGAGGCUCCUCCAUGGCCCAUCCGGUUCUUCUGUCACAGAUGCUCGGUAGAGAUUAGUCCUCGGCUUCCUGAGUAUACAUGCCCAAGAUGUGAGUCAGGGUUUAUUGAGGAACUGCUGGAGGAGAGAAGUGCUGACAAUGGCUCCAUGUCUACCAUUUCCAGUGGACCCCAGACCCAGCAACCAUUUGAGAAUGCAGACCAGCACUUGUUUACAUUCCCUUCUGGCUAUGGGCAGUUUGCCCUGGGUGUCUUUGAUGACAGUUUUGACUUUGGGCCUGGAACAGAGGACAACCGGGAUACAGAAAACAGGCGGGAAAGGGAAAUGGCAUCAAGGCAACGAUAUGGUGCCAGGCAACCAAGGAGUCGUCAUGGUUCAAGGCGACAAGCAGGGAGGCAUGAUGGAGUUCCCACUUUAGAAGGAAUUAUUCAGCAGCUGGUGAAUGGAAUAAUUGCACCUGCAGCAAUGCCAAAUAUUGGUGUUGGACCCUGGGGCAUUCUUCACUCAAAUCCUAUGGAUUAUGCCUGGGGUGCUAAUGGACUAGAUGCAAUUAUAACUCAGUUUUUAAACCAGUUUGAGAACACGGGACCUCCGCCUGCUGAUAGGGAUAAAAUAAAAAGUCUGCCAACAGUACAAAUUACAGAUGAGCAUGUUGUUUCAGGACUGGAAUGCCCGGUGUGUAAAGAAGAUUACAGUGUGGGAGAAAAUGUCAGGCAGCUUCCCUGCAAUCACAUGUUCCACAAUGAUUGCAUAGUGCCCUGGCUGGAACAGCAUGACACUUGUCCAGUGUGCAGGAAAAGCCUGAGUGGUCAGAACACAGCCACAAACCCUCCAGAAUUAUCAGGGAUAAACUUUACUUCCUCUUCUUCCUCCUCCCCAUCCUCUUCAUCCUCCUCUACCCCUCAGUCCUCAAGUUCAACUAGUAAUGAGAACUCUACUGAUAAUUCCUAGGGAAAAACAUUUGUCCUUAUCACCAUAUGAGCUGUUCUUAGCUCCUAGGCUGCUGUACUUCAGAACAGUGACCUCCGGUCUUUUCCUGAUGUAUGGUGUAUGUCUCCAGGGGCAUUCAAGCCUAAUUCAGGGGUAAGUGGUAUGUGAGGUCCAUGUAUUUCUGCCUGCCUUGUUGCUCCCACCUUCUUUGGGAAUCUAAACACAUGAAAGGUGGUGGUGGCCUGGAGUGCAGCAUGUGGAGAAACAUGGGAACUUGAAGAGACUCGAUCUGCCUGAAUCACCUCAUGCAGAGAAGAUAAAACAAACAAGUCCAAAUGUAGGAAACCCAAGGACAAGACAGAUGCUGUUCUUUUUCUUUUUAUUUCCCAAUUUGUAUGGUUUAAAAUGCCCCACUUUUGCCCAUGAAGGAAAAUUAAUUGUGCAGUUAUUCCUUUUUAUACAUACUAUUCAUAUAUCAGAGAUAAAAUUACCCAAAGUACGCAGUUUAAGCACAGACUUACAUUUCCUCAUGGUUUGAGAGGACAUUACAUGGGGGCAACUGUGGUUCAGUGGGUAGAACAGUCGUCUCCCAACCG